AUGGCGGUAUCCAACUAUAUUGCUACGGACGACCUCACUAUCGUUCUAGGUCUAGUAGCAGCAUGUCUGUUCCUUCUCCACAAUCUCUACAGGCCUCAGUCUCUCGUGCAUCCUAUUCUCUUGGGGAGACAGAGUGAUGUAGCCCGUGUAAGGCACCCUGGAGAGAGCGCAGUUUACAGGAAUUAUAGCACCGGGAUGCUAGGACGGUUCCCUGUGAGACCCAGCAAGGAGCAACAUGUUUUAAUUGACCUGGUAAAGCCUGACCUGGAUGCUCCUCGCACUUUGUGGUCCAUGAAGAUUACAAAUCCCGAGCUGAGGGGUCGAAUUGCAAGUUUCGGAACGGGUCUUAUACAUUUAACAAAAUUAGUUCCUCAGGAGUCAAAUGCAUUGUUGCUUCUGGACGAUGGUAUUGAACUGCUCAUUGCUGAUCUUGCUCUCGCUUCCUAUUCUGUUCCUUCUUUCAUGAUCACUUCGCUGUCGUUAUUGUCGUCCGUAAUCGAGACGCAUCCGCCGUCGGUUAUCAUAACUCAUGCUAGCUUUCUGCCUCAUCUUUUGGAGCUCAUAUUGGACUCGAACGAUAGCACACAUAUCGCUAUAGUAGUGGUCGGAGAAUCCAAUGGGAAGGAUGUGCCAGGUCAUGUGCAACUGCUCAAGUGGGACGAUGUCGAACUUCAUGGAUCUCGGCUUGAGCAGCUACCAUUUGCAACACCAAACCCUAAGGACGUGUUGUCCGUGUCGUUCUACUCUUCACCUUCCGGAGAACUUCGAGGCGCGCAAUUAACUCAUGAAAAUCUAACCGCUGGUGUUGCUGCUACCCGCAACUUGCUUCCACUGUCAAAUGCCAUCUCGCCGCUUGACACUAUUGUGUCUGCAUUUCCCAUGUGUACGCCAUAUGGGCGCGCCGUGGCUUAUACUGCUGUCAAUGAGGGAACAAGUUUCGCGACGUUCGACAGCACGAAAAUGUUUGUCCAGAAGAAAAAUGAAGCGUCAGAUCUCGCUGACUUGCUUACCGCGAGUGCUCUUCCAAUUCCUUCACCGACGAUCCUUUUCGUGAAACCAUCCCAUCUGGCUGCUCUGACGUCGUCUAUUUUGGAGGCGGCCAGGAGUUCAUCGUCGUUGUUGUACUCGCUCGCAUGGCGACACAAAUAUGCAGCCAUUCUUGAUGGCUACAUUACAAAGCAGAGCCUGUGGGAUCGACUUGUCUUCGAUAGUGCACGCGCAUAUGCGAUGGGCAAAGGUGCUGGCACUGUUAGAGCUGUACUUACAGGCGGAGGUCCUAUCGAAGCGCAAUCGCUUGUGCCGUCCCGCAUUGCUCUAUCCGUACCUCUGGUGAAUGUACACAUCCAUCCCCUUGCGGCGGGGCCAAUUUUCGCCUCGCAUCCCCUCGAUUUACAAACAUUUUUGCCGAACGUUAAGGCUGCUGUGGGCCCUGCGGCGAAUACGUAUGCAUUUGCUUACCUUGCUCCCGUUGGACCCCCUUCGGUCAAUGUCGAAGCAAAACUUCUUGGCGUUGAUGAUGCCGCCAUCGAAGGGGGAACAGACCCUAUUGGCACGCUUGUCGUGCGAGGUCCAAGUGUAGGCAAGCUCCUGAGUGGCGACGAUGAUGAGGAUGAAAUUGAGGAUGAAAGAUGGGUUGAGACGGGGGAAAGCGCGAAAGUUUCGUCGAAUGGCACAUUCAAGGUGGUGUCUCUUAGCACGAAGUAA